CGUUGGAGGAAACACUACUGGCAUUUUAGAACCCAGGAUUGUGUCCGUAUAGCUCUAAAGAGAACCACGAUGUUUCUAAUACUGGUAAGAGCGGCUCUCUCCAUAGCAACUGAAAACUUUUCAAGGCAGCAAUAAACUAAUCCUCUCCAGCUUCCAGAGCACCAUCAAGAAUUUUAAAAACAUUGGACUUCCAGCAGCUAAGUACUUCUGAGGAUUCAAAAGGCCACAAAGCUAGAUACACAAGCAUUCUUUCUCCCUUCAGAAGAUUCCUCAGGUUUCGAGUUUAAGCUGUGAAGUGCAAACAACACUCCAACACUCAGUGCAGCUCAGGCGCUGCAGGAAGAGGAGAUGUGCUUUCUGAGCAAGCACCCGGCUCUUGGGGUGGUAUGUUCCGCUUUCCUGCUCAGCGUGCUUAUUGCUGAAGGACAGUAUGGGGAAGAGCACGGGCAGGAUGGCAGCUCUGCUCCCAGCCGAGGCUAUCUGAUGGAAGUUUUACGCCUUCUUUCAGCUGACAACCCUGAGCUCCACACAAACCACUCACGAGAACUGGUCAAAAUGGUGCUGGAGAGAGCUGAGUGCCCACAGCGGAUUUAUGGCAUGCAAGAGGAUUGUAAUCUGUGCCUUGAACCAGAUGUGAUGUUACUAAUAGCUGGUGGAGAAGUAGAAGAUCAUCUCAGUGAAGAAGUAUUUGAGAGAAUUUCUCUUGUUCUCCUCUACUACAUUCUUCAUCAUAGAGAUAUGUGUUCUUCAAAACUCAACUUGAGUAGCAAGGACUAUAAAUUUUACCUAAAGAGUAUGCUCAAUUUAAGACACGAUGAAGACUGUUAUUAUUUUUCGCGGAAUGAAACAGAAGACAUUUUGGCUGCAGUAAAGCAACAUUUUAAAACUCCUGAAACCCAGUGUGUUGAUGUGAGUACUCUGGAGAAAAACGCUGAUAUAAUGGACAGAGAUGGUGCUGAUGAAAACACUCUUCCACGCUUGGCUGCUUUGAUUGUUACUUUGGCUCUCCAAGGAGUCUGCAUGGGGAAAGCAAGCUUGCCCUCCCCAGAAUUCUUUAUAAAAUAUAUUUUCAAUUCUUUAAACAGUACCACAGAGCUUCAAGUGACAGAACUGGAACAACUCCUCAAUGUGCUAACAGCCAGAAAGUCCUGCACUGUAAAUGGACAAUUCCAAAGUUACAGAAGAAGCCAUUACGGUAUGGUGAGCACAGUUACUGGAACCAGGAAUAUUCCAAUCAAAGCAAACUAUACAAGAGAAGACUAUUUGAAAGGUUAUUAUAAAGAUCAUGAGAGUAACACAAAUUGGGAUCAGGUUUGUUUCUCUGCUGGUGAACUUGUGAACAUAUUUUUAAAAAAUAGUUCUUCACCCAUUUCCAAAGAGCACUUCGAGCAAAUGAGUCCAGCCAUCGUUCAGCAGCUAUUAAGUUGUUCAUGUCAGCUUCCUGAAUCCAAGCAGAAAAAGCUUCCACCAACAACUUUGGAAAAGUAUGGUUACAGCACUGUUGCAGUUUUACUUAUUACUGUUGGAUCUAUGUUUGGUACGACCUUAAUUUUAUUUAACUCCUGUCAAGAAAUCUAUACACUCAUUUUACAGCUGUUUGUUGGUUUGGCUGUUGGAACCCUUUCUGGAGAUGCAUUGCUACACCUUAUCCCUCAGACUCUUGGUUUACAUAAACAUGAAGCACAAGAGGUAGAACAUUUCUAUGAGGGAAAAGAAUAUAUCUGGAAACUUUUGGGAAUAAUUGGAGGGAUUCAUGGAUUUUUUCUGAUUGAAAAAUGUUUCUUUCUUUUGGUAACACCACAUGAACAGCAGGGCCUUUCUUUAGUUAAUGGGCACUGGGAACAUUCCCAUGAUCUUCCAGUGGAAUCUGAAUUAAAUGAACAUUCAGGCAGAGACAAAUCUACUUCAACCAUACAGUUGAGAAGCCCAGAAGAUUCUGAGUCUGCUGAAGUUCCUCCAGGCAACAAGAUGAUCAGCACAAAAAAUAAGAGAAUUAGCUUGUUAGCAGUCAUGGUUUUGGUGGGUGACAGUCUUCACAAUUUUGCUGAUGGCUUGGUAAUAGGAGCAGCAUUCUCAUCCUCAACAGAAACAGGUGUGACAACGACUAUUGCUAUUUUAUGCCAUGAAAUUCCUCAUGAAAUGGGAGACUUUGCUGUUCUACUGAGUACAGGGCUCCCCACGAAGAUUGCAAUUUUGAUGAAUUUUAUAAGUGCACUAACGGCUUUCUUAGGGCUUUAUAUUGGCCUUUCUGUAUCAAUGGAUCCAUGCAUUCAAAACUGGAUUUUUACUGUUACAGCUGGAAUGUUCUUGUAUCUAUCUUUAGCAGAAAUGCUUCCUGAAAUGACUCAUAUUCAGACACGGCGACCCUGGUUGAUGUUUCUUCUACAGAACCUUGGAUUACUAUUAGGCUGGCUAUGCCUCUUACUCUUGGCUAUAUAUGAACAGAAAAUUAAAAUAUAAGUUUUCUUUUGGAAAUCUUGAAGUACCACUUAUGACAGUGGGUAGUGUUGUUCAGUUUUGUCAUGUCUGCCAUAGCAAUAUAUAAAUUAA